GGCAUAAAACUAAAGUAAAAGGGCGUGCGACAACACCCGCAGCCCCCUCCCUGUUCAUAUUUACUUUCCCCACGUCGCCCAAUUCUUGACCAAUGCACCACAGUGGGUAUGCGCCUCAGUUAUUGAGGUCAUCAUCAUCAGUUGAAAUGCUUCGAAGUCUCCUCGGCCGUUGCCGAGUGUUGUUGACGCAAGCUGCGACCCAGCACGCAUGAGAGGAUGGCCUGAAAGGAUGGGCCAUCCACUUGCGUCCGUCGUCAGUUUCGUGUAGCCGACCGGGCUACGAAAGGUGGCAAGGACACCAGUUCAGCCAUCGAGCAAGCACAAGGCUUCCGCAGUGGCGUCGCGGCUCUUCCGGAGUAGCGGUCUCUGGCGGGCGCCAGCAACAGUGCCGUUCAGGGACGGCCUGCGGCUUGUCUCAUGGCCGCGGCCGUGUCCACGAGAGCCGCCCUGCUGCUGGCUUUCGUAUGCGUCCGACUAUGCAGGGGCGCCCAGGGCGCAGUCGAUGGCGCCAUCGGCACCACCUUCUUCGGGCACCACCUCCUGUCAGUAAGGAUCGACAGCCAAGCACAUCUGAAGACGCUACUCGAUGUGAAAGAUAAUCUCGACCUAGACUUUUGGAGCCACGCAAUCAAAGAGGGUCACACUGGACUCGGUGAGAGUGCCCCCGGAGAGCAUCAACGAAAUCGUGGAUGUUAUGGAGUCGGCUGGCAUACAGUAUCACGUCAACUCGGACAACUUGCAGAGUCUGGUGAACGAAGAGAAGCGCCUCAUCGCCCCCGACGAUGCGAGCGCUACCAGAGGGGAAACUUCUUCGGAUCUUCUCGACUACGCGCGCUAUUACAGCUACAAGUCUGUAACGAAGGCGUUGCUGGGAUUUGCAAAAGUCCACAGCUUUCUUGAAACGCAAGUUAUUGGGCAAACUCACGAUGACAACGACAUCAUCGCUGUGAAGGUAGCCAGCGAAAGUGACCUUCCCGUUAUUCUGAUCGACUGCGGUGUUCAUGCCAGGGAGUGGAUCACCAUCUCCGCUUGCAUGUACAUCGUCAACGAGCUUGUCAGCCGCCAUCAGGAGCGAACCUCAGACGUCUCCGAAAUAUUCGACUACGAGUGGCGAGUGAUUCCCUGCCUCAAUCCUGACGGAUACGAGUUCUCUAGGAAAUCGAACAGGAUGUGGAGGAAGAAUCGAUCGGUUCAGUACUUGUCCAAUGGCACGAAGUGUUACGGUACCGACCUCAACCGUAAUUUCGAUGUGUCGUUCUGCAGCACGCCCGACGAGGCGGAUCCCUGCAAGGAGACCUUCUGUGGCAAGGCGCCCUUCUCGGAGCCGGAGUCGCACGCCUUCCGGGAAUACGUGACUGAAUUCCGCAACAGGAUAGCCUUCUACUUCAGCUUCCACGCUUUUGGAGACCUCUGGCUGAUCCCGUACGGCUUCCGCUCCGAGAGGCCGCCGGACUACGACGAACUGAUGGCGCGGGCAAAUCGAGCAGUCUCUGCAAUACAGGAGGUUAGCGGCACCGUCUACAAAGCCGGAUCCAUAUCUUCCUUACUUUAUAUCGCUCCGGGCACUGCGAUCGACUGGAUGUAUGUCAAGAAGGGCAUCCGAAUGAGCUUCACCAUUGAGAUUUCUUCAGAGAAGAACGGAUUUUUUCUAAACCAAAGCAACGUCAUCGACGUCCCGAAGCAAGCAUGGGUUGGCGUGGUAGCCGCCAUUCAAUAACAAUAAAGCAAAUUGCAAGUCA